CUAGAAAUGACCAGAAGUCCUGAGUUUUAGACUGAAACAAAAUUGAAAAACCUCAGAUUUGUCCGGCGACCGGAGAAACAAGGAGAAGUAGAUGACGACUCGAAUAGCUCCGGGAGUCGGAGCUAAUCUUCUCGGCCAACACUCAGCUGAGAGGAACCAAGACGCUACUGUUUACGUCGGAGGUCUCGAUCCCCAGCUUUCUGAAGAAUUGCUCUGGGAAUUGUUCGUUCAAGCUGGCCCCGUUGUUAAUGUCUAUGUGCCGAAAGAUAGGGUGACAAAUCUUCAUCAAGGUUAUGGAUUCAUUGAAUUCCGCAGUGAGGAAGAUGCUGACUAUGCAAUUAAGGUUCUUAACAUGAUUAAGCUUCACGGAAAGCCUAUACGCGUUAACAAGGCGUCUCAAGAUAAGAAGAGCUUGGAUGUUGGUGCUAACCUUUUCAUUGGAAAUCUCGACCCUGAUGUGGAUGAAAAGCUCUUGUAUGAUACUUUCAGCGCAUUUGGUGUGAUUGCUGCUAAUCCUAAGAUAAUGCGAGAUCCUGAAACAGGGAACUCACGAGGUUUCGGUUUCAUCAGCUAUGACUCCUUUGAUGCUUCUGAUGCUGCUAUUGAGGCAAUGACCGGACAAUAUCUUUGUAAUCGUCAAAUAACAGUCUCUUACGCAUACAAGAAAGACACAAAAGGAGAGCGCCACGGCACUCCAGCAGAGAGGCUUUUAGCUGCCACAAAUCCAAGUGCACAGAAAAGCAGACCCCAUACGCUAUUCGCAACCGGCCCACCAACAGCUCCUCAAGCUAAUGGUCUACCACGACCGUUUGCCAAUGGCGGCAUGCAACCUGUUCCGAUUCCGGUCCCUCGUCCAGCACCACCACCACCACCUCCACAAGUCUACCAAACUCAGCCACCAUCUUGGCCAUCUCAGCCGCAACAACAACAACAACAACAGCACGGCUUACCACCCAUGCAAUUCCGUCCUCCUCAGGGAAUGCCACCGCCACCACCUCCUCAGUUUCAUCAUCACCAACAAGGUUUCGGUGGUCCAAGGCCACCACCACCACCACCUCAAGCCAUGGGAAUGCACCAACAUGGGUGGCCGCCGCAACACAUGCAGCAAGGUGGACCACCACCGCCACAACAACAACCUCCUAUGCACCACCAUCAUCACAUGUCUAUGCCUCCGCCACCACCACCACCUCACCAAGGCUGAGUCUUGGACCAAAUCAACCAUUUGUGGAACCUUUUCUUCCUGGACAAGUAAUCACAAGGAUUUUUCUUAGAUUAAAAGAAACCUUCCCUUAUCCAAAACAAUAGCUAAGAGAGAGAGAGAAAGAAAAAACACAAUAUUCUAUUUAUAUUUUCUUGUCUCUGAUUCUCUUGCAGAGAAUCUCUUAUCUUUGGUUUGGAGAGAGAGAGUGAGAGUGGAAAGUAGUGCGCAUGUCUGGUUUUUAAUGUUGAUGUUUUUCUUGCAGAAUCAUCUCUGAUGCCGUGUGCUUUGAUAUUUUUACCAAAAUUUUGCUGUAAAAUCUCAAUUA